AACAGGAAUGAUAGAAAUAGGUAUUGGGGAAGAGAACAAGAUAGAAGGGGGUUUGUUGAAACUAGUGAACAAAACGACAACUACAAACGGACAGACCGAGGGAACCAGCCGGGAAACGGUGGACAGUCCCACUAGAUGUCCGUAGUUUUGGGGCUAGACAAUAUUAUGAUAGGACAACACAUAACCGAAACUGGAAAAGGAGAGGAUACAAUGUAAAGAGUAAAUACCAUGAAAAUACUGAUGUUGUUAGAAUGAAUAAAUUAGAAUUUAAUAAAAGGAGAGGAUACAAUGUAAAGAGUAAAUACCAUGAAAAUACUGAUGUUGUUAGAAUGAAUAAAUUAGAAUUUAAUAAAAGGUUUUGGGAUACUAUGAGUAAAAGUGAUACAGUUAAUAAAAACAGUGUUCAAGCACAGGUAGUUAGUGAAAGUGCAGAAGUUGAAGGUAUUGCAGAGUUCCUUAGUUGGGCUGAAAAAGAUACUGGUGUUAAUAACAAGUCAGACACACCACAAAUAGAAUCUAUUUUGGGGGGUUUAUUUGAUAAGAAGGGGGAUGCCGAAGUGUUUAAUGGAGCCAAAGGCCCAAUUGCUGAGAUUCAGAUACAUAGGGGAGAAACUGAAGAUGGGGUUGUUGUGGAGGAGGAGGAAGAAGUAAUAGAGGGACAUUUAAAUAAUGAUCCUAAAUCAAGUGAUGUUAUUGAUGAGAGUGUGGAGGAAGAAAUAAAAGUAUUUGUAGAAUUGAAAAGUGGUGAUGUAGUAAAGGUAAGUGAUGUGACAAACAUGGGUAAUAAUGAGGUUAAUUUAAGUGAAAUGCAGACUAGGGAAUGUGUAUCUGAGGACAAGCUAUUGCCUAUUGGGAACUAUGAAACACUAAUCUAUGAGAAUGGUAAUAAUAAUAAUAAUAAUAAAGAAAAUAUAAAGGGAUGGAAUGUAAAUGUGUGUUUUCAAGAAAAAGGGGAAAAGUUUUUAGAAGUUUUGUGGAACAACUAUGGAAACUGUAUAAACAAAGAUGCCUUUUGGAAAGAAUUAGCAAAGGUAAGUGCAACCUUGUAUCCUACAUGGUGGACAAGAAUCCGUAGUGGAUUUCAUAAAAAAUGGGGUGAAAACAGUAGUUUGUUAAGUGGCAACACAGUGUUAAGAGGGACAGAAAAAAACAAAGGUUUAUGUUUAAAUGUCAAUGCUUUGCAAACAGAGAGGGAUGUGUCUAAGUGUAGGAAAGAGACAUUAGACUUAGGAACUAAAGAAAUUGAAAAUGAUCUAUUGUUUGAAAAUACUGAAAUAGACAAAGAUGUUGAGCUAGGUUGUCCAUAUGUUAAAGUAAACAUUUACAUUGGUCCAUUUGAAAUAAAAGAAAGCCCACAUCCUAAUGCGUAUAGACUUAUCUUUCCCAGAUCAAGAAGGUUAUUUGGAUUAAGAAACAUCACUGAAUUGAAACCAUAUAAACAUGAUUAAGCACAUUUCCCUGUUUGAAUACAGUUACUUACCCAUUUUCCGUAAAGCAUUUUAUCAGCAAAGAUUUUUACUGGGUGUGUCAAAUAGCAACUACCACUCAUCCUACAGACCCUGGAAAAGUUCCAGAUCUCUGAGACAAUGUUUUUAUAUUUUUAUUGUCACUAUUGAAUAUUAAAUUUGGAGACAUCUUCUUUACUUGCAAGGGGCAAGUUUAAACAUGCACCCAAAGAGGUGACAAACAUUUAUUACUUUCUGUUUGUAUUGUUGAAUAUGGGACAUACUUGCACCAAAUAUAAAAGACAAUGUAAAAAUUGUUGUGCAAGACCCAUCAUUUUGUUACUAUUUUCUUAAGCAUAAGAUUUGUGUACAAUUUUCUACAGCUAAUCAGAUGUUCACCAAGUUUGAUGUUUGUGUUAUGUUGUGACCAAUUUAAGUGUCCAAUUUUAGUAUUAAUAUGUUCUUGUACUAUCUUGACUGUCUCAAUGGGAGACAAGUUUUUUAAAUAUUUUCUUUUUUUAAAAUGCAUAUUAUAUUCAUACAUGUGACUUCUCUAGUGUUUGUGUUUAUAUAUCAUGUCCAUACUUCUAAUUAUGUUUUUUGUUUUCAUUUCCUUUAUGUGGCUCAAAAAGAGCAGACAGUUGCAAUAUUUUCCUAUGGACAUCUGACCUGUCCAUCUAUGUAAUAUAUUUAUGUUCCUUCUAUUAUCUUGAUUAUUCUGUGACUCAAUGAGAGCUGGCUUUGAAAUAAUUUACAUAUAUUUUUUUAUAUAUCUUAAGAUCGCAUGUGAUAUAUUUGUGUCUGUUUUUGAUCAUUUUCCAUGUGGCUCACUGGGAGCAAAGAUUAAGUUUUUUUUUUACUUUCAUAUAUUACUGAAUAUUUUUAUUAUGCUGUCGUACUGAGAGCCAUAACACAAAGUGCAUUUGAAAGAACAUAACUAAAAUAUUUGCAGGAAAAAGUCAUUUUGAAACGGUGUAACGGUCAUGGUAUACAUACACAUUAUGCAUAGUAAAACAAAAAAAAAUUAUUAAAGUAGUACUUUUCCAAAUUUUAAGCAUUUGACACAUUUGUCCUAGUCGGCUAAUAUCAUUAACAUUCUGUAAAUGAUAUUACCCGAGGGGGGUAUUGUAAUAGAACAUAUUAAAGGCUUUACUUUACCGAAGUAUGUGAUACCCGCCAAAUUCAACCAGUUUAACGAGUAUUUAUGAUUAUAGAAAAGUUAUUGUGUAUGUUAACAAUGAUUGCACAACAUGUCUCCAUAAACAGUCAACCCAUUAAAUCAUACUGAAUAACUGACCCACACAAAAGUUAAUAUCACUUGAUCACUGAUACAGCAAAUGUCAUCAUGUAAAAACACUAAGUUUAUCUUAAAUAAUUAAUAUGAAGUACGAAAAAUAGUAGCCAACUUAGGUAUUUUGGAUCUCCUUAAAUAAAAAUCACCCAGUGAAACCUAUUUGUUCACUAGGAGUGUUUUCACUCAGUAUUCACGUAAUCAAUCCUAUUUUAGACGAAAACCAAUGUAAUUCUUAAUAAUUCAUGUUACUUACUUAUUUAUGCAAAUUAGAGAAGUCAAUUGACAAACUUCAAAAAAAUGGCCUUUUUGUAACAGAGAAUUAUUCUGUCAAGUCAACAAAUCUGUCUGUCAUUUUCAUAACAUGUUAAAUUAUGUCACUCGAUGCAAAUUAAUAACUUAUCUGCACAAAUUAUGAUAACAGAUGUACAUGUGACUUAUAAACUAUAUCUCUUUUUAGUAGUUCUUUGACAAUGUUAUAAAUACAAGCAGCAAGAAGGGUCGAGGAGGCAGUCGGAAUGUCACUCUGGUAAAGUGUGUUUGUGUGUUAUUGUUUGAGGUGGAUAAACAAUGCAAAGAUCAUGUAAUGGAAGUACUACUUUGUGUUGUGUCAUGGUCUUUGGUAGACAGUGGAAU